CGGCGCCAGGCCCGCCCCAGCCGUCCCGGAUACGCAUCGGGAUGGGCCAGCGACCACCCCGCGGAGCUGCUUCUUCGGAAGAUGCGCAAUGACGCGCGGGGCGCACCAGCCACGCAAGGGACCGCUCCUUUGGUCCGCCCGCCCCCUCGCGGUUUUAAUCGCUUUCCAGAAACGGAUGAAUCACCCCCGCCGAGCCCUCCCUCGUCUGGGAAGCACGCCCGUAGGCUUUGGGCCAGGAGGCGGCGGCAGAGAAGCCGGGAUCGUUUAUAAAGGGGCCACUGUGGCCAACGUUUCCAUCGGUCGUAGAGCAGCCAAACGCGCGCAGCGAUUUGCAGCGAUGGAUCUGACUUCUGGAAACUCGCGGGCCUUUCUGCUGGUCGUCUCCUUGGUGGUACUUCUGGAGCAGGUCUGGCCCCAGUCGACGAUGGGAGACAACAGAGAGAUCUGUCUACAGCCACCACUUAAAGGACCCUGCCGGGGUUUGUAUGUCAGGUGGUACUACGACAGAGCCACCCAAACCUGCCAGGAGUUUAGUUUCGGGGGCUGCGUGGGAAACGACAACAACUUUUUGAGUUUUGAAGAGUGUUCAAAGACUUGCGGGAGAAUCAAGAAGGUGCCUAAAAUAUGCCGACUGAAAUCUGACGAAGGAAUCUGUAGAGGUUUAAUGCGAAAAUAUUAUUUCAGCCUUGAGACGAUGAGCUGUGAAAAAUUUUAUUAUGGAGGCUGUUUAGGAAACCAGAACCGAUUUGACGAUAAAGACUCCUGCAUGAACUUCUGCCUGCCGAAAAGAAAUGCCCCCUCCUUUUGCUCUAACCCCAAAGACGUGGGAAUUUGUUCGAGUUCAGUUCCUCGCUUUUAUUACAACAUAGACACAGGAGAUUGUGAAGAAUUCACCUAUACAGGAUGUGGAGGAAAUAUUAACAAUUUCCUCACUCGGAAAUCAUGUCUCAAGGCCUGCAAGAAAGUAGGGAGAAAGAAACCACCUGCUACAGGAUCAAAAUAUGUUGUCUCAUAAGGAUGAGGAGUCUACAGCCAACAUUCAAAUCCAACGAACGCCACAUACAUUCUUAAAUCUGGAGAGGUCUCCAGACUAGAUGCACUGAUUUCACUCACUAGGAACUUUUAACUUAUGAGUGGGUUUGGGUUUUGUUCAGUUUUAUAUGCUAUGUAACAAUUUUACUAUAUGAACAGUUUUGAAAUGUAGAACGGCAAGGUUACUUUGAUCUAGUUACAGCUCACUUAUGGAUUGGGCCCCAUGCACAUGGCAGUGUGCCCUGUUGCAGGAUGAAAUCACAAGAGGUGGCUCAACACUCCCUGCUGAACAUCAAUUCUUCUCUACUGGCUGCUGAAUAUGAUAGACCCUUUCUGAUGGUUUCAUUAUAUGGAACACUAAAUUAAGACCUUCUCCUGAACUUUCUUAUCUUCACCUUCAUAAGGAGGGGUGGCAGAUGCGUGAUAGAUGGCUUAGCUUGCAUGCAGAAUGUCUGAGGUUUGGUUCUUGGAAUCUCUAGUUAAAACAGUCCGCUGUGCUGAUGUUACAUCACCUCCCAUCACCUGCAUGACAGUUAAGAGUGCUAGACUAGGACUUGGGAGACUAGGGUUCAGUUCACCACUCAGCCAUGUCUGGGUGGUUUUUGUACACACACAGUCUCUCAGCCUAACCUACCUCACAGGAUUGUUAUGAAGGUAUAGAAGGGAGAAGUGUGUUUGCCACCUUGGAGAACAGGUGGGAUAUAGACACUGUGAUAAUAAAAAUUAAAUACAUUCGUUCUUGGUAAUACACAUAAUCAUAAUGCUGCUGAUUAAAAAGCUGGCACUGGGAAGAGACCAGCAAUGAACUUGAUAGUGGGGAUUGCUUGUUUUUUAAAGGUGAGUUAUAAGCUACAUAAGGUUUCAGGAGUGUGGUGAACUGAUGGCUGCAUCUCCCAUUGUCAACUGGUCCAGUUCUAAAGCUAAAGGAUUAAUUUUCAUCAUGAGAUUAUUCCUGCUGGACAGUUAAGACUGGAGAAUGCUAGACAGAUAUUGAGGUUAUUUCCCUCCUCUUUAAAGUCAUCCUCCUGAUCUCUUGCACAGAAUACAUUUUGAGGUGCCUUUAUUAAUGUGCAUUUGGCAUGUUUUCUGUUCUGAAGCUGAAGAAGAGUCAUCUGCCUUCACUUCAUGCUGUCUGUUUCCCUAAGGAUAUUUGCACUUGUGUCAAACCUUACUUUGCCUAUAUGAGAAUUGGUAAAAUUACAUCCUAACUUGCUAUGUGCAAGUGUGACAGACCUUCACUGUAAAUUUGUAAAAAUAAAGAAAAAAUAAGUUGUCAUAAGUGUUUG